AUGGAGAGUCACCUACCUGACCUCGUCAUGCGACAGUUCGGACUGCAGCAGCCUAUUCCCCAGAACUGUGACACUGUUGUGCGCCUUCACGACAUUGACCGUCGGGGAAAGACGGAGACAAACUGGGCACUGGAGCAUUGGCAGUAUCUUCAGCUAUGGGAGCAGCGGUUGGGUCAUGUCGUUCAGGGUUAUCCCAUGCAGGGCGUUAUGGAUCAUGACGAUCCGUACAUGGUGUGGUACAGGCUUAUCACACGCCGUUUCAUCAACCCCAGCUACACACCACCGUCCACCCAUUACCACCCGGCACAUGACGUCAUUAGCGGAUAUGCGGCGGAUAUGGUGGCGAUGUAUGAUGCACUGUCCCUCGCCCUUACAGACGGACCCACCAGAGCCCAGGUCCAGCGGAUGCGAGAUAUGUCCGCGACUUCCUUACGCAGACAUGGUCACGGUCAUCUCAUCCAACAGCGGGACGGUGAUGAUGGUCACUCCAUCCAUUCGCGGUUCGACCCCGGCCACAGUAGCAGUGGAGGUGAUCCUACGUCGCACACAGAGGCAGAGGAGUACAUCUUCCACAUUUUGUUUGCUUAUUUAUCCAAAUCGGAUUUAUGUCAGUCAAAAUAG